AUGCCAUUAUCAACUUCGUCGUCAUCACUUCUGUUUUGUGUCUUAGUUAAAUGUGCAAAAAUUCAAUCAUCCGACAAUGAAUGUUAUUCGUAUGUUGUGCUUAAAAUUGAUAACGUUAAAUCAACAACAACUGUAGUCACAGGUUCACAGCCGAGUUGGGAACAAGAGUUUUAUUUUGAUAUACCCGAUUGUUCAGCUGGUCUUCAAAUUGAAUUAUGGGAACGUGGUCAAUUAUGGGAUAAACUUCUUGGAUUGUCUCAUUUACGUUUGGAUCGUUAUGAUAAUCAAUUAAUAAAUACAGGUUUAUCUAGUGCUCAUGAACGAUGGUUGACACUUGAUGCUGAACUAAUAUUGAAUCGUCAAGGACAAAUAGCACGAACAUGUCAUCCAACAGGUCAUUCAUUAUUAAUUCGUACUUAUGUCGAAUUACCAUCAGAUUUAACUGAAGAAGAAUCAAAAGAAAUAACUGAAAAGCUCGAAAUUCUACACGAUAUACUUGAUAAAGAAGGUCGUCAGUUACAAGAUAUUACAUUUGACGAAAUAAAUUCAAUUUCAGCUAUCCAUAAUGAUCAACGUAAUCGUCCUCAAUGUCGACAAUUGAGUAAUCGUUCUCAUUCACACUUUUCGGAUGAUAGUGAUUACACAUCUGAUGUCUCAUAUUCCAUAAAUUCUCAAGUAAAUAUUAAUUAUCCGGUUACAUCAAUGUCCCAAUCGAAUGCAAUAUCAUCAAUAAAUGAAGAUUUAUCUCCAAUCGGAAUACCGAAAAAACCCUUAGCAUUUGUACAACCAGUUGUUCGCGAUUUAUCUCGACGAUCGAAUCUCAAUCCAAUAGAAAGAACGAAACCAAUAAAUCAACAAGAACCUUUAUCAUAUGUGAGUCAAGCAAGAAAAAUGACAGCACAACUUCCUAAUGAUCAAAAAUUUUUUUAUCUAUGUUUGGAAAAAGAAAAAGAAGCAGCAGCAACAGAAGAAGAAGAAAAAGAAGAAGAAGAAGAAGAAGAAGAAGAAGAAGAACAACAACAACAACAAGAAGAAGACGAGAAACACAUAAAGACACGAUCUCGCUUUUGGUCAAAAAGAGCAUAUUAA